AUAAUUCGGUUAAAAUAAGCAUAUUCCCACUCUCUCUGUCUCUCUCUCUCGAACGCACUGUCUCUCCCCUCUCUCGUCCCUUUCGCUAUCUCCAUUCGUCUUUUUUCACAUAUCCGUCAACAGAUUUUCCCAGCAAAAAAAGCCUUUCCCUCUUCUUCACAAGUUUCAUCCUUCCUAUCACAACGUUACGAAGCAGAUCGCAACACCCAAUUAGGCCUCCCCCCACUUCACCUUCUUCCGACGGAACCCCCGAUGGAUCUAUGGGCCGUACGCGUCAAUAACGCUCAUGUAAGCCCCUUUUUGCUCAGGAAUUCGAUUCCUGGGAGACCCAAUUCCUCGAAUUUGAGAAAGAUGGGUUCGUUUCGGUUCGAGGACGGGGGAGUUUUCGAGAUUAAGGUUUCGAGAUGGAAUGUUUCCGGGUACCGAUCGUUGGGUGUGAGGGCUAUGGGGAAGAAGAAUCCUGAGAAUUCUAAUUCCUCUUCUUCUUCCGGGAAUGGUGACCAGCCAAUUCCAGAAGGAGAUGGUGCAAAGGGAAACCACUCUUCAUCAGAGAGCCACAAAUCUAAUGACUCUACCUCCCAGAAGUCCUAUCAUAAAAUUUUGGACUGGAGAGAGUUUAGAGCAUCUCUUUUUGCUCGGGAGCAGGCUGAUACUGUGGGGACUGGUUCACAGAACCAAGACGGGGCUCAGCCCGAGUCCAAACCUCUUGGUCCGAAGUGGGCCCACCCAAUUUCGUCACCGGAGAGGGGCUGCGUUCUUGUCGCCACAGAAAAGCUCGAUGGAGUUCGAACAUUUGAAAGGACAGUCGUCCUCCUCCUCAGAUCUGGAACCAGGCAUCCCCAAGAGGGACCGUUUGGGGUUGUCAUAAACCGGCCACUAAAUAAAAGGAUUAGGCACAUGAAACCAACCAAUCUUCAUCUGGCAACCACAUUUCCCGAUUGUUCUUUGCAUUUUGGUGGACCCCUCGAGGCGAACAUGUUCUUGCUGAAAACGGGAGAGAAAUCCCAAAUUCCCGCUUUCGAAGAGGUACUACCAGGCCUGUGUUAUGGAGCUCGGAACAGCUUAAACGAAGCUGCUGGGCUGGUGAAGAAAGGGGUGCUUAAGCCUCAAGACUUCAAGUUCUUUGUCGGGUAUGCCGGGUGGCAGCUGGAUCAACUGAGAGACGAGAUCGAAUCGGAUUAUUGGUACGUAGCUGCAUGUAGUCCAAAUUUGAUAUUUGGAGCCUCAACAAUCACUCCAUCGGAGGGUUUGUGGGGAGAGAUUUUGCAGCUAAUGGGAGGUCACUAUUCAGAACUGAGCCGGAAGCCGAAGCAAGACAUGUAGCUGCUGUCUGCUCUGCUUAAAUCACUUGGGAGACCGAACUGCUCUGGGUAAACAAUGCAUGAAGGAUCAAGGAUUUUGUGAAUUCAAAUGUACAUAAAUGUUGGCGCAGAGUUGAAGUGAUUAGCUAUUAAUUUCUUGGAUAGAAACUUGGUAACUUAUGGCUGUUCUUGAAUGUAAUUAUUAUACCCUUAAUUUAUUUGACCAACCUGGUUUAAUUUCCUAGCUGAUAUUGUUUU